AUGAUCAUUUUCUUGGAUAUGGACCCUGGUGUAAGCCACGUGUCGGUGAAUGCGGGGCUGGAAACCGCAAACUAUCGUCUGAGUCUACUCUUUUUCUUGGAUAUGGACCCUGGUGUAAGCCACGUGUCGGUGAAUGCGGGGCUGGAAACCGCAAACUAUCGUCUGAGUCUACUCAACCAGCUGAGAUUUCGUGGUCCAGACACAACUUUGCGGAUAAACACUUGA